UGCCAUCUCCGCCCUGGCAACGUUUUGCAUGGGUCUCUUUGCCAACUUGUACGUCAAAAAAGCCGACUGCAGCCCGGACGGGUCCAGCAGCAAGCAAUGUUGUUCCGUGGUGAGGCAGGCAAGCAGACCGCUGACUGUUUUUUCCGUAGGCCGGUCGGAGUCGCACCGGGAAUGGGCCUGAACGCAUACUUCGCUUAUACCGUCGUUGGCGAGCACGGGUCGGGGGCGGUGCCUUAUGAGGUCGCUCUGACUGCCAUCUUCGUUGAAGGCUUCAUCUUCUUCGGUCUUGCGCUUCUUGGACUGCGCCAGUGGCUUGCCCGCGUCAUCCCCCGCUGCAUCAAGCUGGCGACGAGCGUCGGCAUCGGGCUCUUCCUGACUCUGAUCGGCUUGACGUAUUCGGAGGGCAUCGGGCUCAUCGUCGGCAGCACCUCGACGCCCGUCGCCUUGGCCGGCUGUACGUCCGGCUCUCUGGACGCGUCCGGACAGUGCCCCGACAGCGCGAAGAUGCGCAACCCGGCCAUGUGGAUCGGCAUCUUCUGCGGCGGCGUCUUCACAGCCAUGCUGAUGUUGUAUCGUGUCAAGGGUGCCAUCAUCUUCGGCAUCAUCCUCGUCUCCAUCAUCUCCUGGCCGCGCACCACCCCCGUCACGUACUUCCCCUACACCGACGUCGGCAACAGCAACUUCGACUUCUUCAAGAAGGUGGUCGACUUCCACCCGAUCCAGAAGGUCCUGAAUGUGCAGCGCUGGGACAUCGGGUCCUACGGCGGCCAGUUCGGCCUGGCGCUGAUCACCUUCCUCUACGUCGACAUCCUCGACACCACCGGCACCCUGUAUUCCAUGGCGCGCUACGCCAACCUCGUCGAUCCCGUCACGCAGGACUUUGAAGGGUCUACCUUGGCAUACAUGGUCGACUCGAUGUCCAUCGCGAUCGGAUCCCUGAUGGGCACGCCACCUGUCACCGCCUUCGUCGAAUCCGGUGCCGGUAUCGGCGAAGGUGGCAAGACGGGCUUGACGGCCAUCACGACGGGCAUCUGCUUCUUCAUCGCCAUCUUCUUCGCGCCCAUCUUCGCCUCGAUCCCGCCCUGGGCGACCGGCUGCGUGCUCGUGCUCGUCGGCUCCAUGAUGGUCCAGGCCGUGACCGACAUCAACUGGAAGUACCUGGGCGACUCGCUGCCGGCCUUCGUGACCAUCGCCCUCAUGCCCUUCACCUAUUCGAUCGCCGACGGCCUGAUCGGCGGCAUCUGCCUGUACAUCCUGAUCAACACGCUCGUGUGGAUCAUCGAGAAGGCCUCGGGCGGCCGCAUUGUGCCCCCCAACAAGGAGCUCAAGGAGCCUUGGUCCUUGGUGACUGAUGGCGGGAUUAUGCCCCCCUGGAUGGGCCGUCUGGCGAAGGGGAAGAAGGACUUCUGGCGUCCCGGCCCAAGCAGAUCGGUGUCCGGCGCCGAGGGCGUGACAGUGAAUAUUGAUGGAAAGACGUCGGCCUCGGAUUAGGACAUAGCUGUUGCGAGCGGCCGGUCCGGAAAGUCCGUGUAGGUGGUACGGCUUGUUCUGCUUCGCGUGUUUGCGAUGCAGGAGGACGUCCGAGAUCAGGAUCAGUCCAUAUGUUCUUUCAACUUUUUUUAUAUUGUAAAACGGAAAUGAAAGCCUCAAGUCACGACUCGAGAAAAGCCUGGGUAUUCUUUCCGGAGAGUGAGCAGCUCAGAUACAGUGCAUUCAGUACCGACGGGGGUCACGCAGCGCUAAGGUCUGGUGAGAACAUUAAAUCUCACGCGAAUGGCCCG